GGGUCCGCUCGUAUACCACCGCAACGCCACAUAUUCCCCGCCUUAUCCUCUUCACCGUCAGCGUCUCCCGUUACGCUUCCCGUUUACAAUGGCCGCACAACAAUCCCAAGGUAUCCAGACUCUGCUCGAGGCCGAGAAGGAGGCGGCCAAGAUCGUGCAGCAAGCACGGCAAUACCGCACCCAGCGCCUGAAGGACGCGCGCUCGGAGGCCGCGAAGGAGAUUGAGGAGUACAAGAAGGCAAAGGAGGCCGAGUUCAAGUCGUUCGAGGCAUCGCACGCCGGUACAACGAGCAGCACGCAGGCCGCCGUAGACAAGGAGACGGAGCAGAAGCUGCAGGCGAUUACGGACACCUACAACCAGCACAAGGAUGCGGUCGUCAAGAAGCUCCUUGACCGUGUCGUCCUCGUCAAGCCUGAGCUGCACCGUAACAUCAAGAAGGUGGAGGCAUGAUGGGCGGGUUUUGUAACCGCUACAGCUUGUUCAGGAGGAUGUACUUAAGUAUACCACGGACAUCAUGAAUCGACGAAUGACUGGAUACUUUCUGACUUCGAGCCAGCAAUGGGCCUUACAAUUAUACAGCGUCUGCUGCUUGUAGUCCUCGGAGUCGCUGCGUCCUCCCAUGUCUUCCUUCCGAGUUUGCCGUCAAUAAGCAUUUGAUUGAGAAACGCA